UUUUUUCAUAAGGAGAAAAAAACUUCCGUCUUUUAUAGUUUUUAUAGUUGUAAAAAGUUGCAGGAGCGAAAGGGCGCAGCUGAGCUUGAGUACGCACCGAAACCGACACGCUCUCUUGCAGGACACAUGACGGAUGACAGCGUUCACUAGUGACAUCAUCCGAAAACAAGAGGUUCGGAGCUGCAAUCUUACGUUCCGAUGGGGGAGUCAAGCACGACCCUGGACUUAAACACUGCUAUGCUAAAAAAAAAGAUCUCACCUGGCUGACAGGCUACAUCAAAUCAUGAUCGAAUAAGAAGGUUUUUAGCCCCCGAAUCACCGCUCACGUUUGCGCAGACGCGUGUGUCUGACCUUAUAAUCACGUUAUAAUCGCGAGGUCGGACAGCGACUGUGGUGCGGGUUGACGCGCAUUUGGCGAGUACGCGCGCGGAGACAAGCCACAGGCCUGCUUUGCGUUCAUGUAUGAUGCAAAACGUGUGUUUUUUUCUGGAUUAUUGUGAAAUUUAAAGGACACCGCCACGGGACAGAGGGGUGACUGAUCAAUCUUCACAAAUAAAGGUUGGGGGGUUCCAAGUUCUUGUGGCAUCUAAAGAUCACUGAAGGUGGUUUGGACAUUCGGGUUUGUCUGUCGUAUAGGCGUCUAUCACCUGUAGCUUAAAGUCUCUCUCUCUCUCUCUCUCUCUCUCUCUCCAGCUGUAAAACUGGCACGCGCUCUCAGAGCUGCAAGACGUGAAACCGCACCGAGUUUCUUUUUAGCCACUCGGCCCAGAGUUCCCCGUCUCUCUCUCUCUCUCUCUCUCUCUCUCUCUCUCACACACACACACACACACACACACACACACACACACACACACAGACUUUUCCUUUUAUGCCUGGCUUGAUGUAAAGGUCUGAAGGCAGAGCGUAGUGUAGACAUGUCGCAUUCAGUGGACACCCCCCACCCAGACCCUCUUAUCUCAGUUUAAUUGCAGCCUCGAUGUCUGCUGUCUUCGCGUCUCCUUUCUUUUCAGUUUCUUUGAUUCACCGUCUCUCCUCGUCUUCUGCCAUCGCUACUCGUCUUCUGACAUCCUUUUUCACGCUUCCACUACAGAAGGUGAUCGAUCUCGAACGCCUCCAGAUCAGGAGAUCACCGGCAAGAGAAAGCGAGAGAGACAGCCAUAGAGCGGGCUGGAGGCUGGGCGCUCGCGCGGCUCGGGGUCCAUGCGCGGUGUCGCCGCCUGACGCGAGCUCGUCCCGGGAGCUCUGAGGCCUCCUCCUCUGUGCCCUCUCUCUGAUAAUGGUAGUCGUGCUCCGCUCGGUCCUGGCGCUCAUGCUGCUGCUCGGUCAGGUGUGGCUGGGCGCCGCCGCCGGUCUGAUACCCGACGUGGAGCGGCGGAGGCACGCGCCCGAGCACUCCGAGCGCUUUUUGCGCGACUUCGAGCUCCGACUACUCAACAUGUUCGGCCUCAAGCGGAAACCCACGCCGAGCAAAGGAGCCGUUGUGCCCCAGUACAUGCUGGACCUUUAUCACAUGCACUCGGAGAACGGAGAUCAGAAAAGCGUCCGGCGGCCCAGGAGCGUCAUGGGGAGGCACGCGGAGCGCGCGGCAAGCAGGGCGAACACAAUCCGGAGUUUCAAUCACGAAGAGGCUUUAGAAGCCCUGUCAAGCCUGAAAGGAAGGACCACACAGCAGCUGUUUUUCAACCUCACUUCAGUGCCGGCAGAGGAGCUCAUCACGGCUGCAGAGCUACGCAUCUUCAGAGACCAGGUGCUCAGUGACUAUACUCAGAGCAACACCAGCCAUGCUGGAGCCUUUCAGCGCAUUAAUAUUUUCGAAGUGUUUAGGCCAGCUAAUUCCCCCUCACAGGAGCCUCUCACCAGACUUUUGGACACUCGACUAGUGCAGGACUCACACUCACGCUGGGAGAGCUUUGAUGUGAGCUCAGCGGCAGCACGUUGGUCCACACAGCCACACCACAACCACGGACUCAUGGUGGAAAUUCUGCACCCAGGAGGGGCCAGCGAUGGUGAGGAGGCCGAGGCAAGCAGGAGUAGGCAUGUGAGAGUGAGCCGGUCCCUGCAUUCGGAUAAUGAAUCUUGGGCUCAGGCUCGGCCGCUGCUGGUCACUUACAGCCAUGAUGGCCAAAGCACUGCAACACUCCACAGAGAAAAGCGUCAGGUGCGGCGCCCACAAAAACAGCGCCGCAAACAGCAGCGAGCCAACUGCCGCCGUCACCCACUUUAUGUAGACUUUAGUGAUGUGGGCUGGAACGUUUGGAUUGUGGCACCCCCGGGCUACCAUGCCUUUUACUGCCAAGGCGAGUGCCCCUUCCCACUGUCAGACCACCUGAACUCCACCAACCAUGCCAUUGUGCAAACCCUUGUGAACUCUGUAAACUCUAAUGUACCACGGGCAUGUUGCGUACCCACAGAGCUCAGUCCUAUCUCGCUGCUCUAUCUUGAUGAGUAUGAGAAGGUUGUCUUAAAGAACUAUCAAGACAUGGUGGUGGAGGGCUGUGGCUGCCGAUGAGAAUUAAACUCAUCAGAACUUAUGAAGACUUUUUAUUUAUAUGAAUGAACUUAAAAAGAGUUAUUUU